GUAUUUUUUAGUGCGUUUAGCAAUCCCUCGUGUGCGGUCACACCAAUGCCAAGGUACGUGUCCAAAAUCAUGAAUCGAAAGUAAAACAAUACAAUGCUGCUGCUUCAGAACGCAAAUACUCGCUAAACUCGUGAAAUCGGCAAGUGCGAAUCACAGGUACAAGUCCACAACAUUCGCCAGUUCAGAUGCACUGCGUCGGCGAACGGCGAAGCAAGUGAAUCGAGCACCGCUCGCAACAUCAAAACAUCAAGCACCAGCAAAACAACAAUAACAUCCACAUCGGAGAGGGCCGACAACAGCCUCAGGCAACUGAAUAGCAUCACAUUCGAAGAAAGGCAACAAAAUGACAGGAAGCUCAGUGCAGAGGAAUCUGUGGGCCUUCGGCCUGGUGGCUAUCAUCUUGCUGCUCUACAGGACGGACUCCACGGGCGGUUACUUUGCGGCCCUCGACGAGGCGGAGACCAGCAAGAAUUGCUUCUGUGAGUUGGAGGGAUCUAUAAACGACUGCAGCUGCGAUGUGGACACUGUAGAUCACUUUAACAACAUGAAGAUUUAUCCCCGGCUACAGAGUCUGCUCGUAAAGAACUUCUUUCGCUUCUACAAGGUGAACCUGAAGCAGGACUGCCCCUUCUGGCCGGACGACAGUCGAUGUGCAAUCCGUUUCUGUCAGGUGGAGAACUGUGAGGAGCAGGCCAUACCGCAGGGCAUUAAGGAAAAAGGCGAGCAAAAGGAAAAGUCCGCUGCUUUUAAGUACACCCGAGAGGCGCAGCGGGAGGGCGGAGCCUGUUCGGAGGUGGAAGACUUUGACAGUGCCUUGGGCUUCCUGGACACGAGCAUCAGUGACCAGGCUCACCGAGAGUUCGAGCUAUGGGCAAAGCACGACGAGGCGGAGGAGGACUUUUGCAUUGUGGACGAUCAUGAAGAGGGCAGCCAGUAUGUGGAUCUGCUUCUAAAUCCAGAAAGGUAUACCGGCUAUAGGGGAGAGUCGGCGCACCGCAUCUGGAAGAGCAUCUAUCUGGAGAACUGCUUCGGUGGCAACAACGAGACCGCAAACAAGUUCUCUAGCUACGUACCCCACUUGGACCUGCGGGACGUGUGCUUGGAGCAGCGAGCCUUCUACCGCAUCAUCUCUGGGCUUCACUCCAGCAUCAACAUUCAUCUGUGCUCCAAGUAUCUGCUGUCCGAGACGAAGGACUUUCUUGAUCCACAGGGCAUCUGGGGCCCCAAUGCCAAGGAGUUUAAGCGGCGAUUCAGUCCUGAGACAACGGGAGGCGAGGGUCCGCACUGGCUGCGCAAUCUCUACUUCAUUUACCUGGUGGAGCUACGCGCCUUGGCCAAGGCUGCACCCUAUCUGCGACGCGAAGAUUACUACACGGGAAUAGCCGAGGAGGAUGACGAAGUGAAGAUGGCCAUUAACGAUCUGCUGGCUGUUGUCGAAAACUUCCAAUCCCACUUCGAUGAGAAUGCUCUCUUUAGCAGCGGCAUAGCCUCCAUUAAGUUCAAGCACGACUACAAGGAAAAGUUCCGGAAUAUAUCGCGAAUCAUGAGUUGCGUGGGCUGCGACAAGUGCAAGUUGUGGGGGAAGCUGCAAACCCAGGGUCUGGGUACUGCUCUAAAGAUCUUGUACUCAGAGAAGCUCAACCUGGCCACAGAGAGCGGCCUGUGGGAUAGGCCGCACAUUGAGGCGGAUCCCAUUUUCAGACUGUCGCGUACGGAAAUUGUAGCGCUCUUUAAUGCCUUCGGAAGAUUAUCCAACAGUAUAUACGAGAUGGAGAACUUCCGGCGCGUGCUGAGGUAACCCCACCAGUCUGGAAGCUUCACAGAAGCAGGUUAGUGACGCGGCUCAACCUACUAGUUAAUUCAAACGCACAUCGCUGGGGGCUGCAAACGAAUGGUGCAUCUUCCUGAUGGCGGUUGUCCCUCCCUCCUCAAUUGAUCGCAACAGACUUGACCGGCCAGAGGCUAGCAACCCCGCGAUAGCUUCCCUGUACAUACGUGCAAACUAUUACCCCUAGGCUACUUGUACUUUAGCACACCGAACCACCAACCAAAACCAAAAGCAGGAAGAAAGUAUGAUAACCCAGGAAGGAUGCAGGUGUUUAUUGUAAGUUAGGAUAGUAUUUAUUGUAGCUGGAGGAGCUUUGUAAGAGCAGACUUUGAUAAAAAAAGUGAACGCAUUGUGCAAUAACUCGACCUCACGACACAAAUUAUAGAAAAAAUAAACGUGCAGUUAGAUGUUUCAUAAAAAAACAUA